AUGCGAUUGAGUAGUAGGUGGGUACAUAAGUACCUCCACUUCACCUGCUAUCGCAUCUCCAGACCAUCACCGCCCACCUUCCCCACUCCUUGUCCAAUUCCACAACACACGCGUACGAUGGCGAUUAUCUCAUUUGCAGACGGCAACGCGAUCCCUAAGAUUGGCUUCGGCACGGGAAGCGCCCUGUUCAAGAAAGACUGCGCCGCGAGCGUCACGCUCGCCAUCCAGUCCGGCUUCACGCACCUCGAUUGCGCGCAGGCGUACGAGAACGAGGCGGCCCUCGCCGCGGGGCUCAAGGCCUCGGGGAAGGCCCGCUCGGAGGUAUUCAUCACCACGAAACUCAGGCCCGGGACCGCCGCCGCGAAGGUGAAGGAAUCGGUCGUUGAGAGCUUGCAGAAGCUCGGUGUAGAUCAAGUGGACUUGUUCCUCAUCCACGCGCCGCGGCCACUCGUCGAGGGCGACACCCUCCCCUCGCUCUGGGCAGCGGUCGAAGCGAUCCAGACAGAAGGUCUCGCAAAGAACGUCGGCGUGAGCAACUUCACCGCGGACGAUCUCAAAGCCAUCGUGCCCACCGCCAAGAUCCUGCCCGCGGCCAACCAGAUCGAGCUGCACCCCUAUGUGUACAAAGCAGCGGAACCCAUCCUCGCGUACGCCCAGGAGAAGGGGAUCAAGAUUGAAUCGUACGGCGGUCUUACUCCCCUCGUGCGUGCACCCGGUGGGCCCGUCGAUGAGGUCCUCACGCGCAUCAUCUCUCGCCUCGGGGGAAGCGUGACCUCCGCGCAAGUCCUGACGAAGUGGCUCUGGCAGAAGGGGGCGGUGGUCGUUACGACCUCGAGCAAGGAAGAUCGGCUUAAGGAGUAUCUGGCUUCGGCCGAUGUGGCCGAUCUCACUGCGGAAGAGAUCAAAGCGAUCGACGAGGCUGGAGCGAAGCUGCACAAGCGCGUUUUCAUGGCGCAUGUAUUUGGAGAAUAGGCGGUCGGACCAGCAAACGAAGCGGUUGCACCUUGCGUAGUAUAAGUAAAUAUGGAAGAUACUGCCUACAGAUAGAUACAUAAACAAGAUCAACCAAAGAUCACAACAAAGGCU